CUAAGAGAAUUUCCGAUUUACGUACAAGUUAACAGAAGAGUGAAACUAUAAAUAGAAUUGGGAUUUUAUUGUUGUCGUUGAUCUUUGGUCUCCAACAUAACGAUGCAAGUUUUAAUACUCAAUAAGUGUACCCAGGCAACUGAUCGAAGCCGUUUUAAAUUCUUGCUUCAAAAGAUUGGAGGUACAGAUGGUACUGACCACAUGAAGAAAGCAAUGUUAAGAACUAUGACAAACUCGUACAUGGCUGGUCUAAACAUGAAGGGAAAACGGGGAAAGAAAGCUUUUGGUUCCUCCCAACUCUACCUCCUUAUAAAAGAAACUGUAUUGACAUCUCAUACACAGUAUACAGAAUCAAAAUUCAAUGAAGAUUUGGCUAAAUUCCUAAAAUAUGCCCCGGAGCGUGUGGGAGGAGGUGGAAGAAGGAGAAGAGAUUGACUGUUUUUCACGUUCACUUGACCAGAACUAAUGAUUUUACUCUUUUUCAUCUUCUUAAACUAAUGUUUUUGUGAAAAGCUGGCUACAGAUGUGAGCUAGGUUAUCCAUCAGUGAUUUUAAGUGAUACUUUCAAUUUAUUUAACUGUUUCUCUCUUGAAUAAAUUGAUUAAUGAUA